GAAUGCAAUUGGAUAAUGCACGGACCUAUAAUUGAUAUAAUAGUCCACAAUCCAUCCCAACUCCAUCCCCACUACGGGAUCGCUAAAAUCACCGCCGGUCACCCAAAAAAGUAAAAAUGCACGGCCAAUCCUCUGCUUCUCCCCCAAUUCCUUCUUCAUUUUCCAUUUCACCUUAUCCACCCUCCCUUUCCCCGGCGCACGUUAGCUGCUUCUCUCCAUGAACAUCGGUGCCUCUAAUCAUGACCGCAACACCCACUCCUCCGGUGGCGGCGGUCGCGAAGACUGUUGGAGCGACGGAGCCACGUCUACCCUUAUCGAGGCGUGGGGUGACCGCUAUGUAAGGCUUAACAGAGGUAACCUCCGUCAAAAGGACUGGGGAGAAGUCGCUGACGCCGUUAACUCAGGUCGAGACGGCGUUAAGCCGAAGAAAACCGACGUCCAGUGCAAGAACCGGAUGGACACGUUGAAGAGAAAAUACAAGCAGGAAAGAGCCAAGCCGCCGCCUUCGAAAUGGGCCUUUUUUAACCGCAUCGAGGUCCUCAUCGGCGGCGACGCCUCCGCCAAUAAAAAGCUUACUUGCUCUACUUUCACGAUCAAACCCAAAUCGAAAUCUUUGUCUCUGGGUGUAAAGUCAACGGAGAGCUCCUCUGAUGCUGAUGACGAGGUGAGGAAAAAACAGCGGGUGGGGGAUGUUGGGUUGUCCGACGGAGUUGCUUGUAGGGAGUUAGCGAGAGCCAUUUUGAAGUUCGGAGAGAUCUACGAGAGGAUCGAGAGCUCGAAGCAACAACAAAUGAUGGACCUAGAGAAACAGAGAAUUGAGUUCACUAAAGAUCUGGAGUUCCAAAGAAUGAACAUGCUCGUGGAUGCUCAUCUGGAGAUGGAGAAAUUAAAGCGCCAAAAGCAGCAUUUCACUCCCUCAGGAAAGAAGUGCAAAUCUGAGAAUAGAAGCUGAAUCUGAGGAUCUGGGUGAUCAUGUCUUCUCUUGUUUUCAAGUAACUGGGGUGCUUCCAUCAACUGAAACUUGGUGGGUGUGUAAACAUUUCUUGUACAUAAAUUAGUUGUUGCGGUACAUCUCUUGUAUUGUCUA